AUGCACAGCAAAACCUUUAAGUCAAUAGCAGAAGCACUCCACCACUUGCAGUCGCGCGAGAAUACGGCAUUUCGAGAGAGGUCUCUGUUUCUUCGCACUACGGUGUUGGUCUGUGCAUCGCACGUUGAUUGCAAAGCCCAGGUCAGAGUAACUAAGCGUGAUGGGGACAUCUUCACCCUGAGCACGAGUGGGUAUCACACACGGCAUCUUCUGCCGAGUUCACCAGACCAUGGUGACUUGUCGGACCCCGAUAGGCGCCGCUUAAGGUCCAGUAAAUCCGGAUCCGACUCUCCAAAUGACAGCAACGAUUUUGAUGGUAGUGAAUCCGAGUUCUAUCCUGACAAUGCUGACUUCGACGACGAGGAUGAUGAGGAUAAGGAUACGAAUGAUGUCGAUUCAGACACGGCAGCACAUGCGAUAUCGCAUGUCUUGGCCGUCACUUUGCCAAAGAUAGUGAUUCACUGCGGCCGCGAUACAAAUACCGAGUUCUUGUGGCCGUUUGCAUCAGGUCCCCGUGAAAUCGCCAACAUCAACCGCUACUACUUCAAUGCAGACUAUUACCUCAUUCACGAUGAAAAUCUGUACGGGCAAAAGGUCACACACACAAGGACAUCACGUUACGCCAAGUCCUUUGAGGGAGUUCUCAAAAAAGAUGAGGUCGUGAACAGCAUCCAACUAUCGUACCAGUCCCUACACGCUGUGGAUAUUGUAUCGCGAACUCCUAUUGAACACGACUGGGCUUCUCCCAUGUGGACAAUUGAAGAGAUUCGGGCCCAGCGAAGCAAAUUUAAAUGCGACUGUAAAGAGUUUUACCAAACGGGAUGGCUGUGUGGGCACGUUAUGGCGUGCUUAAAACUCGUUGAUGGCUUGGACUUUUCGCUGAUGCUACGAGGCUUGCUGAUGAGACGCCCAACCGGUCGACCAAGAAAGAAAAAACAGUGUCUUGAGCGUGAAAAGCCAUCACCUGGCCAGUACAGUGUCGAUGCUCUCAUUUCAUGGCUCAUUAAAACUCCUGCGAGCGUUAUCAAUUGGAGCGUUCUCAGUACAUGGCCAACUAAAAACCGGGAUGGCGAAAUCGAAGAUCGAGACCUUGUGGGGGUAGUGGACCCUCCCUUUAUGAAAGGUGGGGCUCGCUAUUGGGACGUUUACUACGAGAAACGCAGUGAAACGGUGACCAUGGCAGCCGAGGAGCUCGCCAACGCGAUAAACUACGCACAUCGGAUGGGGCAUCACAUUGUUCCCCCCAGGAAUUGA